UUUCUUCUGUUUUCACUAUGAAAACAUCGAAAAAACAUGGCGCAUUGAGUUGAAAAAGUGAAAUGACCCACAGCGUAGCUCCUUUCGCUUCUUUAUUCAAGGCCGCCAACGAUAUUCUCCCGUGUUCUACUUUCCUUAACCAGAUCGAAGAAUCAUUUGUUGAACAAGUUUACGCCGAUAUUUGCGCUUUUGCCGUCACCCCACAACCAUUAGGUCACAAAGCUGUGUAUCUCUUUCCUUCAGUUUCCCCCAGAUUACGAUUCUUAAUCCAUCAGGUUGUUGAAAUAAAUUUCAGCAGUUUGAAAACCUUCUCCAUAGGAAAAGCUGAUCGCAGGACUGUUGUGUGUCCUAAAGUAAUCUACAAGAUGGAUCCUACUCAAGAAAAAUCUCCCAAAAAUGAUAACUGUCAGCAGCCACAAUCAACAGAUAACAAACAACCAAGAAAGCAGAGAGCUGUCAAUGAACGAGCUAUUUAUCGUCCACCACCAGCCAGAAGUUCGGGAGUCCUUCAAGAAACGAUCAAGCAAAAUGUGGAUCCAGUUCCUGUGUCUGCUCAGUCUCCAAGCUGUAACCUGAAAAAACCAUCUCAGGCUAUUUAUGUGCCACCUCAACGUAAAUCUUCCAUGCAAAACCAUAAUCUGAGCGAUGACUGGAAAGAAAGUGAGAAAAUUAAACCCAGAGUUGAAUCAGGGACCAAAGUGAUUUCACCCAUCAGAAAGAAGUCGAUUCGUGUUGAAAUGCGACUUGCCGUGGAAGAAGAAACCAAUCAGACACCUACUUUUAAGAAAGAAGAAAGCAAUUCUAUUCAGGCUCCUCCACAGAUCAGCCGUAAGAUCUCUCGAACCAGUUCUACCCCUUUCGUUCAACCAUCCGAACAGUCAAUUUUGGACGUCGGAGAUCUGAUGGAGUGCUGCGAAUUCGCGGAACUUUCCAACCACGUCCCUCUAGAAAAGCCCGCAUCUCCAAAAGAAAGUAACCUGCAGAGAAAUAUCAGCUUUGAGGAGGACUCUUGGGAUAAAUUGUAUAAUGAAACUGGUGAUCUCUUAAGACCUGAUGCACUGGAAGAGUUGACUCUGGCCGUUGGAUCGGUGCGAAUUAUUCAACCAUCCAAUGAAGUUUAUUCUCAGGCAUCUCACGAGGCUCAUGAUGAAGAUUUAAAUCAUGUAAUUGAACUGUACGAUUUCCCUUCAACGUUCAAGACUGAGGACUUGUUCACUGCCUUGAACGUCAGUGGAAAACCGCCAGAUUUUUCCCUUAAAUGGGUGGAUGAUACUCAUGCUUUAGCCAUUUAUGGAAGCGCAUACGCAGCCGUUGAUGCCUUGGCUGCUACUCAAAGUCUUAUUAAGAUGCGUCCGCUGGCUCAAGCGACUAAAGAAUCACGAAACUGUGCCCGGCGGAUAUCCACGGCACUUCAGCCUUUUAAACCUCGACCGGUUACAUCAGCUAGUAUGGCUAAGCGUUUGGUCAGCACUGCGCUUGGAAUUCGAAAUACCGUUAGCCCCGAGCAAAGGAAGAUUGAACGCCAAAUGUUGGCGGAUGCUAAAGCUAAAAAGCGAUUAGCAGCCCAACAGAAGGAAGCUGCUUGGGAGGGAACAAUGCCUUGAAAACCAAAUCGUAGCAUUUAAAGAAUAUAUAUUUAUAAAAUGAUGAUAGUAUUGAGGACAAUGGAGAUUACCCUUUUAGGUUUUCUCAAUGUUCUUUUUUAAUUUCAUUUUCUGAGUGUGAUUAUAAAUACACAGAUUUUUUUUUUAAAGAGA